UAUUACGCAGCGCGUGCGGUGGGUAUGUUUGUGUUUGUGUGUACACGUUGAAGCCAUGGCAGCCAAGAUGGAGCUCGCACCCCUCAGACCGUGGGAUGAUUUCUUCCCCGGGACGGACCGGUUCGCCAAACCCGAGUUCGGAGAUUUGACCAAGUGGAACAACAGAGUGAUCAGUAAUCUACUGUACUACCAGACCAAUUAUUUCGCCGUGGCUGUUGUCGUUUUCCUCAUUGUAGGGUUCCUGAACCCAUUCGGCAUGUUUCUGGGAGGACUUGUGGUGACGCUCGUCUUCAUGGGCUCAGUCUGGGCAGGAGAGAACAAAGCCAUGGUCAAGAACUUCAAAAAGAAGAACCCCACACUGUUUGUCGUUGGUGUCAUGGUUACAAGUUACUUUCUACUGUCACUGUGUGGUGGCGUCAUGGUCUUCAUCUUUGGAAUCACCUUCCCUUUGCUGUUAAUCCUGAUCCAUGCCUCGCUGAGACUGCGUAAUAUGAAGAACAGGCUGGAGAACAAGAUUGAGGGCGUAGGGCUGAAGAAGACCCCAAUGGGUGUCAUCAUGGACCUCCUGGAUCAGCAGGAGGAGAGAAUGAACAAGAUUCAGGAUUUUAUUGAGAGCAAACUGAAGGAAUAAGAAUCCAGCCAAAGGUGUGCCAAGGGAAGUCACUGUCAUAGAUUAAGGAUAAAAAUUCCCAUAGUUAAAUCCCAAGUGUCAAAUUUGUAUCCCCUCUGUAAAGUUACUGAUGUUAGCAUUCCCAUCUUUUUAUCCAUUUGGUUUAACCUUACUCCCUUAUACUUUCCUAUUGGUUUAUGAGAUCUGAAGAUAGAUAUUAACGUUAUUUUAUGAUUUGCACAAUCACAGCGUGGAUUGGAUGUUUGAAGUCAAAGGGCACCAAAAGCUACCAAAGGUUUGAGCAUUCCUGUGUCAAAAAAUGUUCCAAAAACAAAUCACCCACUUUGUUCCACAUUUCAACUGUUUCUAUAUAAAAUCAGUAUGUCUAAACACAAUGUUAAAUGCAGUUGUGAGAUACCAAUUGUAUUAUUCUGGUAGAAGAUUUAAGAUCCUUUCAGUUUGCUACCUCAAAACAAGCAUGCUUGAUUUUGUUUUCACUGAGCAAACCACAAUAACAUGACAGACCCUAACGCCCAGCGAGCUGCUUAUUAAACAGCAAUAACUCCAUCGUGUCACUCCGAGAGCUGUAGGAAAACAGAUCUGAGGGCAGUGUGCUUUAUGUGGAGUUAUUGUUACAUGAAUAUAACUGGAAUUUAAAUGUUCCUGCAGCUCCUGACCAUACAGGCUGGCCUGAGUAUAUCCCCUCUGAUCACAGCUAUGCAAUAAUGAAAAAAGGAAUGGCAAGUGCAGCUUUAUUGUUUGAGAGUAAUUUCAUGUUAUAUAUAUAUAUGCUUGUUGUUGUUUUUGAUGUGUUUUUCUUUAAGAAAGAGCAUGCAGAAAUAUAUAAACGAUCUGCAUCACAUGACAGAUAUCGUUUUGGCAACGAGACAAAGUUAUUAAUAAAUUAACUUUAAUUUCUCA